CGCCGGAAGUGGACGAGUGUGCGGGUAAUCCAUCUCCCGGAAGCGAGCGCGGCUUUACUUCUUCCCCUGGUGCCGGUGCUGGCGGCCGGGGGCGAUGGUGGGGCCGGCUCCCGGCGGGGGGAGCCCCCUGGAGAACGCGAACCCCCUGAUUUAUCGACGUUCGGGGGAGCGGCCCGUCACGGCGCGGGAAGAGGACGAUGAGCUGCCCGACUCCAUCGACGACCGGGAGAUCUUCGAUCUUAUUCGUUCAAUUAAUGACCCGGAACAUCCCCUUACUUUGGAAGAGCUGAAUGUUGUUGAACAAGUUAGAGUCAAAGUGAAUGAUGCUGAAAGCACAGUAGUGGUGGAAUUUACUCCUACAAUUCCUCACUGCAGCAUGGCAACAUUAAUUGGCCUAUCAAUAAAAGUAAAGUUGAUCAGAUCACUACCUGAAAGGUUUAAGGUGGAUGUUCACAUAACACCAGGAACCCAUGCCUCCGAGCAUGCAGUUAAUAAACAACUUGCUGACAAAGAACGAGUAGCGGCUGCUUUGGAGAAUUCACAUUUGCUGGAAGUGGUGAACCAGUGUUUGUCUGGUCGAUCAUAAUUGUUUGAUGAAGAAAUCUUUGUUUUUCUAAUGUGUUAAGAUAAUUUUGUAUAUAAUUUCUAAUAUGUAGUUGUAUAUGUUUCUGUGGGCAAAAUAAAGCUACUAAAAUUUAUAAUUUUAAAAAAAAUGACUGCUCCACUAUUACAAGAGUUAACGUGGAAAUGGUGCAUCCAAGAUACCAAUAAAUUAAGAUGACAAUUUUAUUUUGCCAUGAGGGAAUUUAACAGUUACAAUUUUGUAUUUUAAUUCAUCACCUGUAACAGUGCGACUUCUCCUUAGAGAGAAAGAACUCCCAUCUUAAAAUAAAGAUUUGCUUUGACCAGUCAUCACUAUCCUAAACCAAA